AUUUAAUAUGGCAAUGUUGAGUAGUUCUGUUUUCAUGACUGUGAAGAUAAGACUUUCCUAUUCCCAUGAUCUUAUCUAUGCAAUUAUUUGAACUAAAAUUGGAAUUGUGCAAAAUAACAACUUUACCUUUUUCACGCGGUUUCUAUAUUUGCAUCCUUAUAAUAAGGUAGGAAUCCUAUCUAUACACUACCCUACCCUUUUCUAUAUCUUGUACUGUAUCCCUUCACUUUGAACUUAGAACAUUCAGGUUAUAAAUUGCAACUAAAGAAAAUGGUAAAGAAGAUCUGUGGAAUUGGAGCUGGAUAUGUAGGAGGUCCAACAAUGGCUGUAAUAGCCCUCAAAUGUCCUUCAAUUGAAGUAGCUGUUGUUGACAUUUCCCACUCUCGCAUAUCAGCUUGGAAUAGCGACAAACUCCCUAUCUAUGAGCCUGGCCUAGAACAAGUUAUACAACAAUGUAGAGGAAAGAAUCUCCACUUCAGCACUGAUGUAGAAAAGCAUGUUUAUGAAGCUGAUAUAAUCUUUGUUAAUGUUAACACACCAACAAAAACAAGUGGCCUUGGAGCUGGCAAAGCCGCAGAUUUAACUUAUUGGGAAAGUGCAGCUCGAGUGAUAGCCGAUGUUUCAAGAUCAAACAAAAUUGUUGUUGAGAAAUCAACUGUUCCAGUUAGAACAGCUGAAGUAAUUGAAAAGAUUCUAGUCCACAAUAGCAAUGGCAAGAUCAAGUAUCAAAUUUUGUCAAAUCCUGAAUUUCUUUCCGAAGGAACUGCUAUGCAGGAUCUUCUAAAUCCUGACAGGGUUCUACUCGGAGGAAAUGAUAGUCUUGAAGGUCAAGAAGCAAUUCAAAAAUUGAAAGAUAUAUAUGCUCAUUGGGUGCCUCAAGACAGAAUCAUAACUACCAAUCUUUGGUCUGCUGAACUCUCAAAGUUAGCUGAUAAUGCUUUUUUGGCACAAAGGAUUUCAUCUAUCAAUGCCAUGUCGGCGUUAUGUGAGGCUACUGGUGCUGAUGUUUCACAGGUUUCUUGUGUUUUAAGCAAAAACACUAAACUUGGUUCUAAAUACUUAAAUGCUAGCGUUGGUUUUGGCGGGUCUUGUUUUCAAAAAGAUAUACUUAACUUGGUUUAUAUAUGCGAGAGUAAUGGACUAUUUGAAGUGGCUAAUUAUUGGAAAGAGGUAGUUAAGGUGAAUGAUUACCAAAAGAGUAGGUUUGUGAAAAAAGUUGUAACAUCUAUGUUCAAUACAGUUUCAGGUAAGAAGAUUGCUGUUCUAGGAUUUUCCUUUAAGAAAGAUACUAGUGAUACUAGAAAAACUCCUGCGAUCGAUGUUUGCAAAGGUCUUUUAGCGGAUAAUGCUUGUUUGAGCAUUUAUGAUCCGCGUGUUAGUGAAGAACAGAUCCGAAGAGAUUUGUCUAUGAAUGAGAGUCAUUGGGAUCAUUCAAUUCAGGCGAAGUCAACGAGUUUCACUAGCGCGAAACAGGUUAGUGUUUUCGCGGAUGUUUACGAAGCUACUAAAGAUGCUCAUGGGAUAUGUGUUCUUACAGAAUGGGAUGAGUUUAAGACAAUUGAUUAUCAUAAAGUAUUUGAUAGUAUGGUGAAACCGGCAUUUGUUUUCGAUGGUAGAAAUGUUUUGGAUGUUGAUAAGUUGAGGGAGAUUGGAUUUAUUGCAUACUCGAUUGGGAAGCCAUUAAACCAGUGGGUGAAUUGCUAGCUUGUAUGUUAUGUUCGAAUAAAAAAAUGUCAUUGCUUUGAGGUUAUAAUAUAUAUUGUAUGAGACAUUAAGAGUAUUAUUUACUAGUAUGUUUCAAUCAGAGUGAAAAUUUAUAUCAAAAAGUACUUUUAUUUAUCAAUAAAAGAAAAUUUAUGUUGUUAGUUGUUUGUA